AUGCUACAGGAGGAGCAUCGGAAACACGGGGAUGUGCCGUUCGAGUUUUUCAAUCUCUUACGGGGCUCCAAGCGCUCCAAGCCAUCCGCUACGGCUUCAUCUACUCAAGCAGCUUCUUCAGCGCCAGAAAUUUCUCCCGUUUCAACAAAUCCUUCGGUACCAACAGCUCACAGCUUACUGGCGGCAGUCGGAUGUGAGAACCAGGACGGGCCUGAUGAGUUUUGGCAGUCCAACAAGAAGCUCUUUGCCAAGAAAAUCAGACUAGGUCUACAGAAUGGCAUCAACAUGAAUAUUACCUGGGCUCAGAGCGAGAUGGACCCCCCUUUGCCCAAAAUGGGACCUCCAUACGGGUGCUGCAUCAACAUUCCUCCUCUACCGCCGGGUCCUCUUUGGUUCUUUCGGAACACGCCACUCCAUCAGGCUCUAGCUCACAAGGACUUCGAAACGGCAGAGUUGAUUCUUCAAGCAGGCGCAAACCCGGACAUAUACAACUUCCACGGCUUGACACCACUUCAUCAGGCCCUCUUGGAGGAUCGUCGGGAUGAAAUCUUCUUCUUACUCAGCCAUGGAGCUGAUGCAAAUGCUCCCACCAUUCAUGACAAGCUCCGCCUUAGUAAUGCGAUCAGAGCCGAUGGCUCUGAAGGUGUUCUACCUAUCCACAGAGCCAUAUGGGCUGGAAACCUUUCCAUGAUGCGUUUACUUCUGGAAAAUGGGGCAGACUGCUCCUGGCUUUCCUCGGAUGGAUGGAAUCUUCUGGAUCUUGCUCUACUGGCUGGGAACUCGCGAGUAAUGGCCCUUCUAAUAUCUUAUGGUCUUCAACUAUCACCAUCGCCCGCAACAACAUCGUCGUUUCCCAAUGAGAGAAACUCUUCAAAGAAACUCCUUGCGGUUUCAACCAGCAAACUACUCGUCCCGCCAGCUGAGCUAUAUCCAGUGUACUGUCAUAUCAUGUCUCAGGUUGACUAUCCACACAAUGACAGGUCAGCGCCUUCAGCAAUGAUUCUCCAAGCAGCCGAGAGUAUGAUUGAAAGAUUCCUCGACAAUAUUCACGGAAUGGCUGCAUCAAAGAGCUGGGAAGGCCGAGGAAACCUCUGCAAUCGCUGUUACAAGUUUCAGUCACUGCUACGCCACUACUCGAUCAAGGACAACUAUAGCCCAAGAUUUGAUUUCCAAGUUCAUGAGAACUGGCAGCAACUGGAAGCGUCUGCGUCCAACGGUUGCCCCCUUUGCAAUCUCAUGGCGGACACUCUAGACCACGCACGAACGCAAAUGGGGCCAGGUAAAGGAGAACCCUCCUCAGCCGGGACCAAAGAUGUCCGCAUAGAAACUGAAACUCAGGAAACCAGCAACGCUGUCCUCCUCCAUGUGUCUGAUAACAUAGAAGUUCAAUGCGGACAGUUGUAUGAGCGGUUCCGGGUCUCGGAACAAGAUGAAGACAUAAUCUCUAAUAUCAAAGUUACUCAUGACGAGGAGCUUCUCGGAACUGGCUCGGAACAAGCUUUCUUUACAGCAAGAGCCUGGCUUGGCAAUUGCAGGUUUUCACCACAGCAUUCAGCUUGCCAACAAUAUCCAAAGGACCUGCAGACCCCUGAGAAAGAGUACCCGCUGAGAUUAGUGCGAGUCGGAGAUGGCCUGGAUCAUAUCGUCCUUAUCGAAGGCGUGACUGACUCGAUGCCAUAUACUGCGUUAUCUUACUGCAGAGAGUCGUCAGACAUCGCAGCUCAAACGACACAAGCCAAUCUUGAGACGCAUAUGAAAGAGAUUCCGUUCGAGAAACUUCCAACCCUUUUCCAAGAGGCUAUACUGGCAACCAGAGGCCUAGGAAUUGAAUACAUCUGGAUUGAAGCACUCUGCAUUAUUCAAGAUGACCGCCGAGACUGGGGUUAUCAUGUCCAAAGAAUCCCCGAGAUAUUCUCACACGCCGAGCUGACCAUCUCCAGCUUGGUUGCAAACAGUACUUCGGAUAGGCUAUUUUGCCCUCGAUCUACCCGGUCACUAUCCAUAGUGCCUACCGAAGUAUGGGGAUGCAAGAAGGACCGUGAGUAUUUCAAGGCUGGCGUCAAUCGAUGCUAUACCUUGUCACGAAGGUGGCUGGUCAAGCGGUCUGUUGUGAGGGAGGGCCCGAUUCAUUCGCAAGUCUGGGCAUUCCAGGAGCAUCUCUUCAGCCGCAGGAUAUUACACUUUGGGGACGGGAUGCUGCACUGGGAGUGCCCUUGUAGGCACACAACAGAAGCAGAUCCCACCCCGACUAGUUCACUGAGCACAAAUGAGUGGCAAGAGGCAAGAAAUAGGCUGCUUCAAGGGGGUUCUUCUGGCUUGUCCACUUUCUGGAUGAAGCAAGUCGAGAGAUACUCCAAGCUGACACUAUCCAAAGCUUCCGAACGUCUGCCAGCUUUCCUCGGGUUCUCUAGAUAUAUGGAGAAGCAGCUCCAAAGCACGUGCCUAGGAGGGAUAAUGAUGGGAGAUAACUUGCUUCAAAAUCUCUGUUGGAAGGUCAAGCCAUCUGACACGCCAGAAGUUGUUUUCCCCACAUGGUCGUGGGUGUCUCAACCAACUGACGUGUCGUUUUGCUUCGCUCCCAGGCCAGAGACGCACGAAGGCAUCAUCCCACUCGCAGUAUUAGUCUCAACGGACGCCAAGGUCGACGACAGCACAAUACAGGUCUCAGGCUCUCUCACACUCAAGGGAUCUCUGUAUCCCUCACGCCUUCUCAAGGACUUCUCUAUCAAGGUAGACAAGAGGCCGCUCUCACUGUAUCCUUUCUGGGACCGCAAAAGCUACGAAUCACGAGAGGACUAUUACGCCUUCGAUUUGCUAGGUUAUAGCUGCGAGAAGAAUCGAGGAUUGAGCAGUUACCUUCUCAAGAAGUCGCACCCUGCCAAAAUGCUCCUGAUGCUGGAACCAGCCGAUGAGACUCUCACUCGGUUUCGCCGGCUGGGGCUUGGACUCUUGGCAUGGAAUGAAUCCUAUCCCUCGUAUGGAUCUACACCUGUCAGACCAAUGUGGAUCGAUGACGAGACUCGGUUUGAGCACACCAUCACUCUUGUCUGA